UUUUGGCACCCUUUUCAGUAUUCCCUUUUUAAACGUGCAAUAUUUUGUGUAAUAGUAUUUAUAUAUUUUUAUUUAUGUCUUGGGAGCGGCAUGUGUGGGGGCUCAUGCCUUCGGGCAACAGUGAUGAAUUUCGCUUUUGUGCCCCCUGACCCACAUGCCGUUCCCGCAUUCUUUGCAUGUUAAUGUACUGUAAAUUUUCUAAUGUAAUGUGUAUGUACUUUUUAUAUUGGUCAAAUAAAUAAUAAUAAUAAUAAUAAGUUUACUCAGACGUUUUUUAAUAUGACCCUCAAUCAAUUCUUGGAACCUCUUGUCAACAAGUACAUCCUUUAUUACAGCGGAUACAAGUGACGAUGAAGAAUCUUUCCUAUCUUUGGAUGAUCGAGUGUUUACACCAUCUGCCAUAUUGAAUAUUUCAAAUGAGGAAGACUAUUCUCACACUGAAGAUUCACUGACAAGCAGUAACAGUAGUUCCAAAUACUGACAAUGGGUAAUCCAAUGGGUUGAUGAAAGGUGCUCCAAUGAGAUUAGAUAGCUUUAAUCCAGUGCAAUCAGAUGAUAACAUUCUUUGAGGAUUAAUCCCAGCAUUAAGUGGAGAGUGUAUACAAUAGGUCAAUGUACUUUACAGCAGUUUGGAGAGAAAAAUAGCAAGUACAUGUAGUUUCUGCCACAGAAUAUGCAUCAUGUGGGACUGUAGAUUUACUUCUCAUGGAGAGGAGGGAUCAUCAAGUUGUCAAAAUAUCAAAUUUCAGCACCAAUAUUCCUCAGAAAACGACACCUGGUUAGUCUAUGCAGAGGCACAAGCAGCUCUACAUGAUAAUGAUACAAUGUGAUGCUGAAAAAAGAAAUGCUAUCACGAAAACUGGGAGACGAACAAGAGCUGAUGAGCUGAUGAUGUCAACUUUAAUUUUAAUUGUGAAGGCAUGGUUUAAGAUGGACAGGCAAAGAUCAUCGUGGAUGAUAAUGAACUUCUUUACUCCUUUCCAACAUGGUUCUUUGAGGAAUCUACAUUACACCUCUUGCCACAUUAAGGCAGCCAUUUUGAUUCUCCUCUCUGUAUCAACCAAGAUUAUCAAUGCUGCUGAAAUAACCUGUACCAAAGAGACCAACUGCCGCUGCACUUUAAGUGACAAUUCUCUGUACUAUGAUCUGGAGCCGAUGGUGACAGGUGUGCCCCCGCCGUUCUUCAAGGUAGAUGGAACAAAUGUUACAUAUCUUUACGAUCCUUGUCGGUCGUUCUCUGAGACUGGUGAGUGCACCGAUGCUGCGUUGUGUAGCGAGACAAUGGAUGAGAUCUAUCAGAACCUUGGCAUUCAUUCUACGUCAGAGUUUCGUUAUACACCCAAUGGAGGUUCGGUCAAGCUAAAGCUUGUCUAUCAUAACGGAAAGAGUGGUGCAUAUCAGAUCAAUUCCACUGUCUGGCUAACGUGUAGAACUAACGGCAUAUCAUCUUUGGAGCUCAAAUCAUAUUCUCCCACUUACUACUUAUUCGAGUUAUUUUCACCCUUCGCUUGCCCAAAACCCGUCCCACCAUCUCCGCUCUCCGCUGGAGGCAUUCUAUGCAUCCUAUUUGUUGUCUUUGUAACAAUCUACUUUGUAGGUGGGUUUAUAUAUCUGUUCUUCUUCAAGUAUGAGAGUGGAACAAAUGCAAUACCUCAUCAUGAGUUUUGGUCUUCUUUACCUGGCCUCAUCAAAGAUGGGUUUCUUUUCUUGAUCUCAUGUGGACACUCAAAUAAAAUGCAAUCAUCUGGACCUCAAUAUGAUCAGAUAUAGACACAUAUAUCUUUGGAAACUAAAAUGCCAUCAUCUGGACCUCGAUAUGGUCAGAUCUAGACAUCUCAUGUAUCUGUUGAUAGUCCAAUAAAAUGCAAUCAUCUGGACCUUAACAUGAUCAGAUCAAUAUAGAAUGCCAUCAUCUGGACAUCAAUUAUCAGAUCAUGACGUGUCCUGUAUCUGUCCAUAUAAUAUUCCAAUAAAAUGCAAUCAUCUGGACCUCAAUGCGAUCUGAUCAAAAUAUAUCUGUAUACGCAAAUAAAAUGCCAUCAUCUGGACAUCGAUAUGAGCAGAACUAGACACAUCUCCUGAAUCCGUUGAUCUUCCAGUAAAAUGCAAUCAUCUGGACAUCAGAAUGAUCAGAUCUACAUUACAUCUUGACUUCAAAGUUCAGUCUACUUAAGUUUAAGAAAUGUACUUCCUCUACCUUUGUCUUCCUCUACCUAUGUAUCAUAUAACACCGUGCAAGCCUAAACAGGAGUUAGGCAGUCUUCAUGACAUAGAAAUGACAUUUCCAACAUUUCCCCCCCUUUUUCAUGCAAUGUCUGAAGAGUUUUCAUUUAAGUGAGGUAUUCAUGCCUUCAGAUUGAUUUGAUUGCUGUAAAACCCAGCAAAUGCUAAUAUUUUAUCAAUUAAGAUCCAUGCUUUACAUAUAGCAUUGAUACUGGUUAAAAGUAUUGAGUAUUUGGACUACCAAGGUUUUCUAGAGCUAUUGUCUUGUCUUGGUACAAUAUUCUUCACAAUGAAACAGGGAAAGUAUGAUUAAGGCUAAUUAUUAACAGGCAAGUCAUAGGAUCUUUCUUAAGGCCUGGUUACACCACCCGAGCGUUGUUGGAGCGGUCGUGGAGCGGAGAGAGAAAAAUCAUCACCGUUCGCUACCGUUCACCAUUUUCGAUUUCGAUUGGUU